AAGUAGCAUAACCUUAAAGAAAAUCUUCAGCUGAGAAAAAAAAGGGGAAACUUCAAUUUCAUGUCAAGGCAUCACUUUCGUAAGAAAUUUUCGGCAACAAUUUUACAUAAGAAAUUGUAGAAUGCUUUCGAAGUUCAUCAGACCUUUCUGCCCGCUGGCAAGGACGCUACUUGCGCCGCAGUUUAAAACUGUCCGUCAAAGUGUGACCAGGUACAGCGAGCUAAUACCAGCUUCGCAAUACGACGUGCCUUUAUCACCGAGGCUUCAUCUCAUUUACGCGUUGAAGAACUAUUGGGAGUUGAUACCAUUGUUUAUUAUAACGUGCACGAGCCUCACUUUUAUGACGUUGUCUUUCGCAUGGGCCUACUUUCAUAAGGUGGACGUGGUGUACAGAACGCACAGCCGGGAGAACAUAUCGCGCACCAUGGACCUGCGCAACCCCUCGGUGCACAAGGUCAUCAUUAUCAACCAGCGCUACGAGCCCUGGCCCGAGAUGCAGGACUCGUUGGACAAGAUGAAGAUGGCGGAGAAGCGAGCGCUGGUGCGGCUGCAGUCCUGCAGUCACGCUUAGUCUUCUAUUUGCACGGGCGUAAAUUUCCAGGGGAGCGCCGUUGCAACUUGCACCCCCUUGGAAAUCCCACAGAAAAUGUGACUAUAGGCAACGUCAUUUUAGAAAACGUAGUGAUUAUACUCUCUUAUACAGUUUUGGCUUCAGAAUCGAUUAUAGAGAGCCCUC